GAACAACAAGCUGUGAACUGUGGGAGAUGAGUCACUGCAGGGAGUGAACGAGAGAGGGAGGAGCAGAGAUCGGUUUCGGUUCAGAGGAAGUGAAUCUGUUCCUCAGUCUCUGGCAGCAGCUGAAAUGGCGCAGCAAGAAGUUCAACUAGACAGAGAAAGAUUCUGCUGUUCGAUCUGUCUGGAUCUACUGAAGGAUCCGGUGGCUACUGUCUGUGGACACAGCUACUGUAAGAGCUGUAUUAACUCCCACUGGGACAAUGGGGAGGAGAGAGGACGCUACAGCUGCCCUCAGUGUAGACAGACCUUCACACCGAGGCCUGUCCUGGAGAAAAACACCAUGUUAGCUGAUUUAGUGGAGGAGCUGAAGAAGACUGGACUCCAAGCUGCUCCUGCUGAUCACUGCUAUGCUGGACCUGAAGAUGUGGCCUGUGAUGUCUGCACUGGGAGAAAACUGAAAGCUAUCAAGUCCUAUUUGAAUUGUAUGGCCUCUUAUUGUGAAAAACACCUCCAGCCUCAUCUUCAGUCAGCUGCAUUGAAGCAGCACAAGCUGGUGGAGCCCUCGGAGAAGCUCCAGGAGAACAUCUGCUCUCGUCACGACAAGGUGAUGAAGAUGUUCUGCCGCACUGAUCAGCAGUGUAUCUGUUAUCUCUGCUCUGUGGAGGAACAUAAAGACCACGACACAGUGUCAGCUGCAGCAGAAAGGACUGAGAGGCAGAGAGAGCUCGGGCUGAGGAGACAAACAAUCCAGCAGAGAGUCCAGGACACAGAGAAAGACAUGAAGCUGCUUCAACAGGAGGAGGAGGCAAUCAUUGUGUGUUUAUGUUGCUUAAAGCAGAGCAUUCACUGCUUUAAUGUAAUCAGCAUCUUAUCUGACAAUAUCAUGGUGUAGAAGUGCAAGGAAAUACCAAUAUGUUAUGAUCAAUGUCAUUUAUUGUGCACAAACAUUACAUUAAGGCAUCUGCUGGAAAUGUUAUGAUCAACAAUUCUCAUGCAAAAAAUACUUUAAAAACUACACAAAUAGUGUUUUGGAGAGGGGGGUUUCAGAGGGAGGGGGCAGCUCUGGAGAAAGGUCUGUCAAUCCAGGUCUGCUGCUUGGUGUGAUGGAGACAUGAGGUUAGCAUCAGGAGCGGAGGUUGCAGGAGGGACCGUGGAGCUGAGGCACACCUGUACUGCUUCUCUUGAGAAGAACUGAAGGACACAAACAAACCAUAGUGUUAAAUUAUGAAGAUGGUUCCCUCUGAUUUUUUUGUUUUAAACAUAAACGUCACACAGGCCGCUAAAAACUAAAAAUGCUGAAGCUAACAGCUACCCAACAGCAAGCUAAUGCCUUCCUAAGGCUGCCAGGGAGUAGCAAGAGUAGUAUUGUAGCAAGAGAGUGUAGCUAAUCACAGCCCUCACAGUUCUUCAUCAGUGGAGAAGUACCUCGCCAUGUUUUCAUCUUCAGAGGAGUCAUCCAAAGACUGUGCUGCUGUUCCGGAAUAUGUCAGGCCCGCUGCAGCCUGCUGGGCUUGAACUCUGAGCACGCAGAGUAGGUCCUCACGUCACCUCUCAGUAAAUGCAUCAGUACUGCCUGAGAAUAUAUGAUAAAAAACAAAACGUCUCAAUAGUGCGUUUGUACGUGUGUAUGUAUACAUACGUACACACGUACAGGGCUUUCUUUUCUACAGAAAUAUUUUUCCUGAGUUGAUGACUCUGCUUAUUGCCAUCUAGAAUGUGAAACAAAAUAUAUUUUGGCAUAACUGUAUGUUUUCGGAUUGUCUAACUGUGUAUUUGUGUUAAAGUAAAAAAGGUCAAGGCCACACUGACCUCAUCUUAUGGUUUCAGUUGUCAAGAGAUACAGUGUCAUUUAUACGAGAGAAAAUAUGUAGAAAUAUGUAGACGGACACUGCACUGCUUAGCGGAGUCAUACAACGCAGUGCGGUAAUUCUA